CGACGCAGGGAAGGUCGUCGCUAGAUGGAUGGGACACAGAGCAUAUGUAUCGUCCGUCCGCUGGAGUCGAGAUGGUCGGCGAGUGCUGAGCGGAUCUAACGAUGGGACUGCAAGGCAAUGGAAAGUGGAGAACGGAGAGACCAUCCUCGCACCAAUCGAGACCGGGCACAAACACGUGUACGUAGCGACCUACUCGCCGGACAGAGCUUUAAUUGCGACUGCUGGAUACGACAAGUCCAUCAAAAUCUGGGAUGCGAAGACGAACAAUUUGGUCACAACUCUACACACAGAUAAAAUGGUGAAUUGCCUAGCUUGGACCCCGGACGGAACGGUACUUAUCUCCGGAUCAUUCGAUCACUCAAUCAGGACGUGGAGUACUAGAAGGUGGCAACAGAUCGCUGCUCUGUAUGCGCACACCGACUGUGUCUUUGCCAUUGCAGUAUCUCCGAAUGGCCGUAUCCUUGCAAGCGCAUCGUACGACAAUACAGCACGAUUGUGGAAUCUCGAGAAUGGCCAACCCAUCAGUUUGCCCCUCAAGCAUGCAGAUAUAGUGACAUCUGUGUCAUUUUCGGCAGAUGGAAAACUGCUAGCUACUGGCUGCUAUGACCGUGAUGCGUACACAUGGGAUGUUUCUGCGAUCCUUAGGGAUGCUGGCAGAGUCGACCUUCUGUCAAAUCUAAAUGAGCGUGAAAAGCCAUUGCUCGAUGCUGCUACUCGACGUCUAGCGCAACAACUCGAGUACGUCCACCAAGCACCACCUGCAGUUGUCGACUCCUCCCGGGAUCAUGUUGGUUCUUCAACGUAUCAACCUCCCUACUCGUCCACGUGGCAUGGGCAUGCCACCUCAGCUCCAUCUUCUGCUUUAGAUCGCUUCCCAUCCUCCUCUACAAGUCAGCAUGAACUUGCCACAUCAGCGCCAUCUUCUUCCCCGCACCGCUAUCAGCCCGAUGCUGAUGUCGCACCACAAAUCUCACCACACCCACCAUCAGCGUUUUCCUCUCCGACUCCUCGUACUGUUGGUCAGCGCACAUCGCGUGUAUAUGUCGCUCCUAGGGGACCGAUCACCCAAGCCACUUCGCAAAGACAGGUACGACAAGACCCGAACCAAGGUAGAGCGCCAUUGUUCCCUGUAGCGGUUGUCCCUACAACAUACCCGCCAUCGUCAUUAUCACCUCCACGACCACGACCUCAAGUUCCUGUUUCCAUUAUUCCUCCCACAGUUACACCAAUUACACAAGAGACUGGAUGCUGCACUCGCUUUUGGCGUAGUAUCUGCUGCGGGUGCAAUGAUUCUUCUGAUGAUCAUUCUUGAAAAAGGAGCCAACCACCAUUCAAUCACGCUUGUUUACUAUUCACUCGCUUUUCCCUGCUCGCGCUUUCCCCUUCAUCUUACUUGCAUCACCAUUCCAGCGGUCAAUUGCUCUUGCCAUACUCUGCAUUACAAGUUUAUCAUUGUCAUACGAUCACCUACGUACAACAGGACGUCCACUAUCGAUCUGUGCUUUCUCUGCAUAGCCUACAUAUAUCACUGAGAUACAUAUGAUGAACUAUAUUCGAAUGCGAGCUCGUACCAUGGAGAUGCUCACGGUUAAUCUCCAGUAGCCAACCUAAUAUAAGAUAUGACAGUCGAUAUCUU